UUUUUUUUUAUUUUUAUUUUUGAGUGUGUGUGUGUGUGUGCGAGUGAGUGUGUAUAUCUGCUUAAAAUAAGAACGACAACAAAAAAGUGAAUGGACCACCAAUUAGGAAACAACAGCAUACUUCCAGGGUCACCAUUACCAACCAGCCAUCUGCGACAUGUGCGUGUUGCUGCCAAAGACGGUACGACCGGCAAAGACAUUCAACUUCACUAUACGCACGAGAAAGUCAUUGGCAACGGUUCAUUUGGUGUUGUCUAUCAAGCCAAACUCAUGAACACUGGCGAGAAUGCAGCCAUUAAAAAAGUCUUGCAAGAUAAACGAUUCAAGAAUCGAGAGUUGGAAAUGAUGCGCAUGAUGCAACAUCCCAAUGUGUGUGCUUUAAAAGCGUAUUUCUACAAUCAAGGUGAAAAGAGAGACGAAAUCUAUUUAAAUCUAGUCAUGGAGUAUGUGCCCGAGACAGUCUACCGAGUAGCCCGUCAUUAUGCCAAAAUCCGACAACCUAUACCCAUUCUUCAGGUCAAAAUAUACAUGUAUCAACUGUACCGAGCAUUAGCUUACUGUCACAGUAUUGGCAUCUGUCAUCGAGACAUUAAACCUCAGAACCUGCUGUUGGAACCAAUAACAGGCGUACUCAAGCUCUGUGAUUUUGGCAGUGCGAAAAUACUGAAUUCGGGCGACUCAAACGUUUCAUACAUUUGCUCUCGUUAUUACCGUGCCCCUGAACUCAUCUUUGGGGCUGCCGAGUACUCAACAAAGAUUGAUAUUUGGUCUGCAGGAUGUGUGAUGGGUGAGCUUUUGUUGGGCCAACCAUUAUUUCCAGGAGAAAGUGGAAUUGAUCAAUUAGUGGAAAUUAUUAAAGUCUUGGGAACUCCCUCACGAGAACAGAUUGAGUUGAUGAAUCCCAACUAUAACGAUCACAAGUUCCCACUGAUCAAACCUCAUCCGUUUUCCAAGAUUUUCAGACUGAGAACACCACCCGAGGCCAUUGAUUUAAUGUCCUUGAUUUUACAAUAUAAUCCGCUAGCAAGACCCUGUGCCAGUCAGGCACUUGUUCACCCAUUCUUCGAUGAAUUACGAAAUCCAGAUACACGAAUGUCUACAGGAAAAGAUCUUCCGCCUUUGUUUAAUUUUUCUAUUGGAGAGUUAUCGAUCCAGCCAGAAUACAAUAAGCGCCUUGUACCACCACACUGCUACGAUGAAUUGUUAUCGAGAGAUAUUAAUCUGAAUGAAUUCGUACCAAUCCCCGCAGAAGGUUUACGCAUCGUAUUGGAUUAAAUAAUAGUUAUAAAAAAAAA